GCGUAAAUACGUCUCCUUGCUACCACAUAAAUAUCCUUUUGCGGAAAGCUCCGCUGAAGCAGCUGCCCAUUUUCGCCACGGUCACGGAGAUUCAGCCAGUGUUGCCGCUAAGAUGCGCAGAGCCACUGUUUUUUGCUUCCUCCCAAAUCUGUUGAACAUCCUUGAAAGCUUGCUUUUGGUACUGGCAGGAACAACGGAAAGCCGAGUGGAAUACUAACCAACUGAAAUUCAGCAGUAGCUAGUUUCGGGACGGAAGAGCGUGUAGUCGGUCGAAUAAGCUCAGCGGCUUCGUUUCUGAAAUUUGUUGCAAACAUCCCCCAGUUGCUUUGCUCCACAUAGGUCAGGUCUUCAUUAAGUGCAAAAAUGGAUCCGUCGGGAAUUUCCGGGCUAAUGAGAAGGUGUUGAAAAAUAAUCAGUUGCAGUUAGGGUGGUGUGCGAAUAAUUUGAAGUGUCCUUGAAAAUUUUCUAUUCGAUGUAUGAUAGCACAUUACCAGCGUGCGAGGUAGAGGCCGAACCAGGAAGUAAACUUUCAUGCUCCUUUCUCAGCCGUAAAAACUUGGAAAGGGGUGCUCGCGCAACACAAACAAAUUUCCGUGUGUACCAAAAGUCUUCACUAGCUUCGUAGCCUUCGACUUCGCCUAGCGUCUGUUUUUAUUAUUGCUACUGUUAUUGUUGCUGUUGUUGUUGUUAUUCGUCGUCGCGACUUUUCAGUGUGCCAUUGCGUUCUCAAGCAUGUGUUUCUAGCUCGUGCAUUCCCCUUUCCCGUGCUGUAAGGAUAUUCGCUAAUGUACAUAACAUCCUCUGGUGCGAAGCAACAAAGAGAGUUCACGGGAAGCUUCUUAGCCGGAGCCAGAAUCAGCGAAGCAUUAAAAUCUUUCUUAAGUAGCCAGCUUUAAAAUGUGGACCAUUAACAUUGGAAAAUAAAGGUGUCUUCUAUUGAUAAUUUCGUACGACCUCUGUAACGAUUGGAUCUGUAGUAUAGAAAUAGCUUCAACAAACUUCAAUGGCAAAAUGGACAGUUUCCAAACAACCAUUACUAGUCUUGCAGUCGUUGCCUUACUCUUACUAAUGGUUGUAUUUGCGUGCCAUUACCUCGGUCCUCGAGCUACAGCAUGGGUUCGAUCCAACCGGGAGGAGAAAAUUGGUUUGUCGAAAAGCAAAUUAUUCAAUGCGAAUGGUUAUAUGCCCGUCAAUUUUCAGAUACACUCCGGAUCAGAUUUUCUACUUAGCUCAAGUGGAAGCUUUAAACGCUUCGAUUCAAUAGAUCGUGAUUACAAACAAGUUGGCCAGAGUUCACUUACCUUGCCCGCUUGGAAUCUUCCACAAAACGAUAUUCCACCACAACCUUUGCGACCAGCUCCGGCACCAGCGCCUUCUCAAAUCAGUACAAAGCCUAAAACGCCGCCACAAGACACCAAACCGCCUAACAAACAAAGGAGUCUCGACUCCGUCGAGCAUCUCGCAUCAACCGUGAUACCGAGGCCUGUAGCCAAGAGACAAUUGUCCAGUCCAGCUAAAUCUCCAAAUGGUGCCAAAGAGCAGCUCCCGAUAAACCUAUCAGAGACAGUUAGUAAAAUCCAAAACGGCUAUAAAACGUCGAGUACAAACCCCUUUUUGAACGGGACCCUGCGAUCUUUGCAUGAACUUCCAGACAAUCAAAAAAAUUCUGGCCACACAGAAAAAAGGGAAUUAGAACUUUUGCAUAAGAGUAACAUUAAGAAUCCGUUUACGGUGGAUUGCGUUCAAAAGGCCAAGGAAUGUAGCAAUGCGAACAUUUUCACACAGCCAGCUCCUAAAACUGAUGUAGAUAGCAAACUAUUUUUCGAUUUUGAACCAGCGAAAAUUACAUCGCUCUUAGAUAGAUCUUCACUUACCGAACCUCCAAGGGAAACUAUAAACUCCGUUAGCUCUAGCCCGCACGGGACAAUUAUUGAAGAGUGCGAGGAAAAACAAACAUCACCAGAUUCACUUUUCACCGAAACUCAAAAGCAACCAGAGCCUCCCAGCAAAGAUACAUUCAAUGACAUAGAAAAGUUGCUCAAAACAAACUUCCGAAAUCGAUCGUUUUCGGAAACUGAAGUCACCGAUGGCGAUCUACAUAAGAUCUUUUCUAGGAACGGUGAAUUUAUCAAAACGCCCUCAGGACUAAGUUGUACGAAUCCAUUCCUUGACAAAAGCACAAUGCACAAAACGUUCUCGGAAGAUCACUUGACUAAAAAUGGUAACCAAACAUGGAGCUUCGGCAGAUCACUUCUGCGACAAGAGUCUAGCAUUAGUUUAGGACGACAUAAUACUUCACAAACAUCCCUAGAUAGUGAGAGAGGAUCAAUGGAUAGCAUAAAUCUGCAGAGGGCUAUUUCCUGCGACUCAGUCAGUUCGGAAUCGUCUGUGGUGCUUGCAGAUUUGGAACAGGUUGCGCCAGCUGUGACAGGAAUGUUAUGCGUCGGACUUCAGUAUGACAAAAAUACGUCGACGGAGGAGGGAGUAGAACUCAUAGUUACUGUAAUGGAAGCAAAGGAAUUAAUCGGACCUCUUAAUGUAGAAUAUUUUGAUACGUUUGUACGGAUAUAUUUAGUACCUGACGAAGCGACAGCAAUGCAGACCAAGAUCUUCAAAAAUUCCUCGUCUCCAUCGUAUAAUGAGACAUUUUGUUUCUGGAUCAAUAAAAAACGGUCAAGGCGGUCCCUUUGGUUUCAUCUCUACCACAGUGGCAAUGCGCACACAUUGAUAGGCGAGGCUGAACUGCAAAUAGGCGAUGUAACAAGACCUCUCACCACUUGGUUGCCAUUGUCUGAUUCGCGACAAAGCAGUAAUAAUUGGGGGGAAUUAAUGUUUUCAUUAAGUUACUUGCCGACAGCCGAACGUUUGACGGUUGUGGUAGUGAAAGGACGGAACCUAAAAUUAGAUCAAGACGGUCGUGAAGCAAUCGAUUUACAAAAUAUAUUUGUUAAGGUCUAUUUAUUGAAAAAUGACAAGAAAGUAUCAAAGAAGAAAACAUCCUUGAAGCGAGCGGAUCGAUGUCCCAUAUUUAAUGAAUCAAUGAUUUUCAGUAUUCCGCCGUACGUCCUCAAUUCGAUACAGCUUCGUCUGACUGCUGUAUGUGUAUCUGACACAGAAAUGUUUCCCAUCGGACAUGUUAUCGUUGGCGGCAAUACGUCUGGAAAAGGACUUCGACACUGGCACCAGAUGCUUUCCUCCUUACGAAAACCGGUAGCUAUGUGGCAUGCAUUGAGACAAACAAAUCAUCGUAAAAACGAUAGAAUGUAAAUUCGAAGAAAUUAUCAUUCGAAAGGUACAUAACAGACUGCUAGUUGUUAAUUUUUAACUAAAGGCUAAUCGGACAGAGCUCAACUGUGUAACAGAAUAAAUGGAAGGAAAAUCAAUAAAAAAAAAGGUUUAUAAUAGUAAGGAGCAGCAGUUUAAUGUUAGUUUGGUUUUCAAUCAACUUUUGUCGAACAAUUGAAAUGGAAUAUAUUACUUUCUGUAUAGUUCGUUAUUUUUCACUCUUUCAGUGCAUUUUGUAGUCUCGCUUCUGCUCCACGUAUGAACAUUCAUUUGAAUGUACACAUUGAAAGUGAUGCUGGUCGUUACUUAGUUCCUUCAUUUGAAUAUUCUGUUUUGUUGAGCAAUGAACUGAUUCCUCGAUUAUAGCUAGAGCCUUUUAUCAGAAAACACAACCCCUUCUAUUACGCUAAUCCAGUAGCUAUUCGUAAUUCUUUCACUAAGAAGGUCAACUAUCAUAAACUUUUGGGAAUAUAUUCAAUACAAGUUUCUACUGUGUUUCACGACCCCUAACACUAAACACCAUUCAAUGGCCCUAAGAAUUCUAUGAACAAUGUAAAUAUGUAAUGUUGUUUAUGCAUAUAAGUAUUGUUGACUUAUAAAUCCGAGUCUAUGAUGGAUGAUUAGCUAAAUAAUAAAUUCUAUAUAAGCAUAUAAAAUAAUUUAAGCUGAGCUUAAAUCAUGAAGUAUCUAAUUCCCAUUGUAAUCGAUGAGGAAGAUUUUUUUUUUAAAACGAUACAUACUUCAAAAAAUCUUUGCAUAUAAAAAUUCUAAGAAACUUGAUAAAUUUUCCUUAAAUUGUUUAAACUAAACAGCCGACCACGUCAUAAUUCUUAAACUGAAAUUGAUUCCAAUGUUUGGAAAUUGCUUCAAGACCUUUUUUGAAUAAAAUACAAUAUGAUACCGCAUCCAAACUGAUUCAAAUAAGAAAAUUCAAACUUUUCUAAACACGUCAUAGACAAUUUUCCAUCAAAGAUCUACAUAGUUCUGCUUCAUAAGACAUCCAUUUAUUUCAUUCUAUCUCAUUCAGUAUCUUGAUCAGAAAUUCACUUCACUUUCGUAAUAAAAUAGUUUGGCGCAAAGGAAAAACUUAGCUUUACCAUCUUCACUAUCUUUUGUAUCCAUGCAUAUACACACAUAUCUUAUUUCUUAAAACUACAACUCACAAACCCCUUGAUUCUAGUAUGUUCUUGCCAUGAAGCAGCAGAUUCGUAAUAUAUACAUCAUCACAAGCGUAUUAAUCUAAACGUUACAAAAAAAUAAAUCACCGCAUUUAUAAGAAACUUCCAAAUCAUGUGAUAGACCAUUUUUUCUAAGAAAUUUUCUAAGCAAACCUAAAUGAAGAAAUUUAUAUACAUACAUACAAACUUAAAGAAGAUAAAAGUGAACUUAUUGAAUGUACUAGCACAAUUUCGGAAUACAAAACAAUAUACAUGCAAUUCAGAUUUUCAACUUUAUUAAACAGUUUUUAAAAAUAAUAGUUUCCUAUAAACUGGAGUAAACAAGAAAACUUAAAUAUAAAUAACACUUAACCGUAAAUUAAUGUCUACUUAACACAAAAUGAAAUUCGUUAAUAUUAUCUUAUUACAGUAACAAAGACAAUAAAAUCCAUUUAAGUAAUAACUGAAUUUUGAAGGUAACUUGUUGAUACAGUAAUAAAUUGUAAUGUUACUUUUCUUAACUUAUAAUUCGCGCAAAAAGCAAAAAAAUAUAUUUUCCAUUUCCUCUGCAAGAUACUAGAGCUUAAAGCUCAAAGUAUGUAAAUGCGAAGAUAAGACAUCUAACAACUAUUUCGAAUACUUACUCGAGUACUAAUUUAAGGCAAGUGCUCAUACAAAACGGUAAAUAUUACUUGAAGUAAAUUUUAAUAGUAGUUAAAAAUCAACAUUGGAGUUGGAAAAAUCGGACGAUCAUUAUUACAUGGCAUACACUAUAAAGGGAAAGUCGUAAUCAUAAAUAUUGUGAACAUAUUAUUGUUAUGAAAUGUAUGUUUGAACAUUAUAAUAUAUUUGAAUUUUA